GCACUAGUACAUAACACGGCACGCUUAUCUAGAGAAAAGAAAAGAUUUCGUGCAAAGUCAGCAACAACUCAAACAAUCUUUCUCGUUUUACUGCUGCUGCUAUCUUAUCUCUUUCACCUCUCCGCUGAAUCAACUCAACAACACUCCUCCUCUGAAUCAUUCAGAUCAGAUCAGACAUUCAGAUGGCGUAUGUAGAUCAGUCAUUCUCAAUCACCGACGACGAUCUCAUGAUGGACGAUUUCUCCUACACGAUUCACAACCGCCCUCCCAUCAAAGAAAUCGCUCUCGCCGUCUCGCUCCUCGUCUUCGGUAUUCUCGUCAUCGUCGCCGGGGUAUUUAUGUCACUUUACAAAGUCGGCGGCGAUCACGCUCAUGGUGUGUUCUUUGCGAUUUUGGGCUCGGUUUUGUUCAUUCCGGGGUUUUAUUAUACAAGGAUUGCUUACUAUGCGUAUAAGGGGUACCAAGGUUUUUCCUUCUCAAAUAUUCCCCCUGUUUGAUUUUUCCAUGUAAUGAUAGUCUGAGGAUGUGAAUUAAACGAUAAUGCGUUCUGUGAGCUUCGUUUUGUAAAUAUAUGUAUACAGAGUAAUUGUUGAUUAGUUCUUUACUUUUGUAAUUUUAUAACCUACCGUGUUGCUAGCUUUUGUUGUAAUAUAUUCGAGCGGAUUUUUUUUUGUUA